AUGAUCAUCUUCUCGUCCCGCAGCGUGCUGCUCUCCGUGUACUACCCGCAGAUAUUCCUCAUCCUCACUAGCGGCAGCUACCUGGCGUUGUCCUCAGUGGUGGCCCUGGGGACCAACAUCAUCUGCAACAAGAUCCCCGGGCUGGCCCCCCGGCAGCGAGCCAUCUGCCACAGCCGGCCGGACGCCAUCAUCGUGAUCGGCGAGGGCGCCCAGCUGGGCGUCAACGAGUGCCAGUACCAGUUCCGCCACAGCCGCUGGAACUGUUCGGCCCUGGGGGAGCGGACCGUGUUCGGCCAGGAGCUCCGAGUCGGUAGCCGGGAGGCGGCGUUCACCUAUGCCAUCACGGCGGCGGGCGUGGCCCACGCAGUGACAGCGUGGUGCAGCCGGGGGGCGCUGAGUGGCUGUGGGUGUGAGCGGGAGCAGCAGGGCGUGUACACGCGGGAGGGCGGCUGGAGGUGGGGGGGCUGCUCCGCGGACCUCCAGUACGGCCUCCAGAUCUCGCGAAGGUUCGUUGACGCCCGCGAGAUCAAAAAAAACGCCCGGCGGCUGAUGAACCUGCAUAACAAUGAGGCAGGACGAAAGGUCCUGGAGGAGCAGAUGAAGCUGGAGUGUAAGUGUCAUGGCGUGUCGGGCUCCUGCACCACGCGGACGUGCUGGACCACGCUGCCGCAGUUCCGCGAGGUGGGCUGGGCGCUGCGGGGGCGGUACGAGCGGGCGGUGCAGGUGGAGGCGGUGCGGGCCGGGUGGCUGAGGCAGCCCACCUUCCUGCGCGUGAAGAAGGCCCAGAGCUACCGCAAGCCAGCCGACACCGACCUGGUGUACAUCGAGCGCUCACCGAGCUACUGCGAGCAGGACGGGGUCACGGGCAGCCUGGGCACGCAGGGCCGCGUCUGCAACCGCACCUCCCCCCACCCCGACGGCUGCCAGCUCCUCUGCUGCGGCCGCGGCUACAACACACACCAGUACACACGCGUGUGGCAGUGCAACUGCAAGUUCCAGUGGUGCUGCUUCGUCCGCUGCAACUCCUGCAGCGAGAGGACUGAGGUGUUCACCUGCAAGUGA